AUGACAGCCAAGGCUGAGGAUUACGCGACGCAAUCACUCAUGGAAACCUGCAACGGGGAUCAGUCCUCCGUGCAACACCGGCCCAUGUGUUGCUUGCACCGAGCUGAGUGGGAGAUCCAAGGCACGGAGGACCCGCCGAGGACAUGGGACUCUUACAUCUACCGUCCUCAUCUACCACUUGCCAUCACCGACCAGAUUCUUCUUCCAUCGGAAUCUCCCCCCACGGCGUCCAACGUUCACCGCAGUCUCUUUUCGGUGCACGUCGGGUUCUCCGUCACAGCCAUACAUGUAUCUCUGGCUGAGUUCCCGCCAUUUGGGUGGAAUCCAGUGAAAUGUGACGGUAUGGAAACAUCCCCCCGCAAGGACAGCGGCUUCACCGUGACCGAAUUGGAGAGUUCAUCCCCGGGAUGUCUUCGGCAUGUCGGGGUAGUCAACGAUGACGGUCCGCCGUGCAGCCGACUCUCCCCCUACAUCCUCCCGUUCGUCAAUGCCCUCCAAGACGCCGGCCAUAUCGUCUCCGUCGCCAUCCCCGCCGCCUCGCGCUCCUGGAUCGGCAAGGCGCAUCUGAUCGAAGCCUCCCUGAAAGCCACCUACGUGCCGCCCGCCGCCUUCCGCAACGAUGCCACCUGGGACGAGGAAUUCGAGUCCCCCGAAGAAUCCACCGACGAUGCUGCGACACAAGCGCACAACGACGAAUGGGUCGUGAUCCGCAACGGCACGCCCGCCAGCUGCGUCCAACUCGGACUCUUCAACCUCUUCGCGGAGCGCGGGCCCUUCGACCUCGUGAUCUCCGGCCCCAACCACGGCCGGAACACUUCCACCAUCUAUAACCUCUCGUCCGGCACCGUCGGCGGCGCCCUCGAGGCCGCGACCUGCGGGAAGCGCGCCAUCGCCAUCUCCUUCGGCAGCAAGGACCCCCAGCCCGCUGACACCAUCGCCGCCGCCUCGCGACUCGCCGUCAAGCUCGUCGACCACCUGUCGCGCCACUGGGACGAGCGCGUCGAGCUGUAUAACUUGAAUGUUCCGAUGCGGGCCGAUGUCGAGACCAGACCGAUUCAAUACACCCGUGCUCUGCCGUACUACUGGGCCCGGGGAUACCUGUACGCCGAGGAGGAGCCGGCGCAACAGCAGCAGCAGCAGCAGCAGAAGACAACGACGACAACGAUGAACGGUCUGACGAAUGGGGAGUCGCUGGCCAAUGGCGUCGCGAAGGCGGUCAACGGGUCCUCGUCGCGAUUAAAGGAGCGCAGUUUCAACUGGUCCGCUCAGCUAUCGGAUAUGAAGAAGGCGCUGCAGGCCAGCGAGGAGGGGACAGAUGCGCAUACGGUGCUGAAUGGGGACGUCAGUGUGACGGCCCUCCGUGCGAAUUUCUGGCAUGUUCCUGGUCUGGAUGGGCCAUUGGAAUUGGACAAUUAA